AAGAAAAGAAAAUGAGAACUCAUUUAGCACUAAGUUGUCUUGUUUUUCUGUGUCUUGUUCUUGGUGGAGUUGCUGGGGGUGCAGGAAAGGUACCACGUAAGAACUUCUAUAAGAGAACUAGUUGUCCAAAUGCUGAACAACUUAUUAGAGAUAUCACUUGGAGCAAAGCUAGAAAUGACGCUACCUUGGGUGCUAAAUUGCUUCGAGUCCACUACCAUGAUUGUUUCGUUAGGGGGUGUGACGCAUCCAUAUUGCUGGAUAAAGUGGGAACGGAUGAUUCUGAGAAGGAGGCUAGGCCAAAUCUCUCUUUGGGUGGUUUCGAUGUAAUUGAUGAUAUCAAGCGACAAGUUGAGGCUAAAUGUCCUGGCAUUGUUUCUUGUGCUGACAUUUUAGCUUUAGCUGCUCGUGAUGCUGUUUCUUUUCCCUUUAAAACUUUAAUGUGGGAAGUGGAGACGGGAAGAAAAGAUGGAAAUGUUUCCCUUGCAAGUGAAGUGAACGGAAACUUACCUUCACCAUUCUCAGAUUUUGCAACCCUUAAGCAAAUCUUUGCAAACAAACGCCUAAAUGUGGAUGAUCUCGUUGCACUAUCAGGUGCUCACACAAUUGGUGUUGCUCAUUGUGGAGCAUUCUCAAGAAGACUCUUUAAUUUCACUGGCAAAGGUGACAUGGAUCCAUCUCUCAAUGCUACUUAUGCUGAAUCUUUAAAGAGAUCAUGCACUAAUCUAAAUAACAUUGUGGAAAUGGACCCUUUGAGCUCAACUUCAUUUGAUAGCAAUUAUUUCAACAUCCUUCUUAAUCAGAACAAAGGAUUGUUCCAAUCUGAUGCAGCCCUUCUCACUGACACAAACUCAGUAAAUGUCGUCAAGAAAUUGCAAAAAAAUAAAGAUUUCUUUUUUGAGUUUGCAAGAUCCAUGAUGAAAAUGGGAGCCAUUCAAGUCCUUACCGGAAAUGAUGGAGAAAUCAGGAAGAAUUGUCGUGUCAAAAACUAA